GAAUUCUCAGAUAUAUCUGUGAAUGAGUUUUGCAUGUUUUUAACGCACUUGAAUAUACAAUUUCAAAUUAAUUUUGCUUUGACGAACAAAGCAUUAACUUUUUUUUUUUAUUUCGAGUUAAAUUAAUUUUUAAAAUUACAUUAACAUGAGUGAUUUUAAGACUAUUAUUGAAGGUAUUAAAGCUUCCAAUAAUUUACCAUCUGGAGUUAAUUGGAAUUUUUACACUAGCUAUCCCAAAUAUAUGAAAACAAUAUCUGCUCGACAAACAUAUAUUCUAAAGUUAAUAUCAGCCUUGCUAAAAAAUCAAAGAAUUCAAGGAAAUAUAAGGAGUAGUGAUCAUGAAGGUCAAUUUCAGUUAAUUGAAGAGGGCAAUGAUACAAUAUUAGACAGAGUGGCAUUCAAUAUUGAUUCUUUGAAUGGUUCAUUUAAACAUGAUGAGAUGUUAAUGACCCCUAAACGUUUAUUAAGUGAGAAUCCUGAAGAAAAGGCUCAAAUAAAAAAAAAAGUUUUGGUUCAUGGGCGUAUUGUAGAAAGGCCUCAAGCAAAAUUUAAAGUCAAAGUUGACAAUCGGCCAGUUCCAUUUAAACCUUUACUAAAACAUAAACCAAAUAGUAUAACACCACUUAAUUUAUGUUUAGAAACAAAUGAAGAAGGUGUUAUGUUCUAUAAACAUCCAUAUGAAACUGAGUUAGAGACAUUUAAAGUACCCGAUGAACAUUUAAAAGUUAAAAAAGCUGUACAGCCAGAAUCAUUAGAUAAUACAAAACUAGUCGAAAUAUCCAAUGAAGAUCAAUUAAAUAUGAUGGUUUCAGAAUUAAAUGAUGCUAAAGAAUUGGCUAUAGAUCUUGAAGCUCAUAAUUAUCGAACAUAUCAAGGGUUUACAUGUUUAAUGCAAAUAUCAACAAGAAAUACUGAUUAUUUAAUAGAUACACUGGAACUAAGAGAUAAAUUACAAGUAUUAAAUGAAAUUUUUACCAAUCCUAAUGUGGUUAAGGUGUUCCAUGGAGCAGAUAGUGAUAUUGUAUGGUUACAAAGAGAUCUUGGCCUAUAUGUAAUCAAUAUGUUUGACACAUAUCAAGCUUGUAAAAUAUUAAAUUUUGUACGAAAAGGAUUAGAAUUCUUAUUAAGCAAAUAUUGCAAUGUGAACGCAGAUAAAUCAUUUCAGUUAUAUGACUGGAGAACUAGACCUCUGUCAGAAGAUGCUAAACGCUAUGCACGGUGUGAUACUCAUUACUUGUUAUAUAUAUAUGAUAUGAUGAAAAAAGAUUUAAUGGCCAUGUCUACUAAACAAAAUAAUUAUGUUGAAAUAGUAUUUCAAAGAAGUACUGAUGUCUGUAAAAUGAGAUAUGAAAUAAAUAUUCUAAAUAAUGAAAGCCACAUGAGUAUGUAUAAAAGAAGCAAAAAGUUAUUUGACUUACAGCAAAUGUUUGCCUUAAAAUCAUUAUUUUCAUGGCGCGAUAAAAUUGCAAGAGAAUUAGAUGAAAGUCCUGGAUAUGUGCUACCAAAUCACAUGUUGAUAAAAAUAUCAGAAACAUUGCCAAAAGAAUUUUCUGGUAUAUUGGCUUGUUGCUCUCCAAUACCACCAUUAGUUAGACAAUGCUUACAUGAAAUUCAUCAUAUAAUUAAAAAAGCUAGAGAACAAUCAUUUGAAAAUGUUAAAAAAUGUGAAGAAAAUCUUAAUAAUUAUCAAAAUGUUAUAAAACAUGAAGAUAUUGACUUAAUAAGCUUACAUGAUUAUUCAAAAGCUGACAAAACAUUUUCUGGUAUUUUGCCUACAUUAUUAGAAGACAAAGAUUUCUAUAAUUAUUCUGAUUGCAAUGAUGACUUUAUUUUCGCUCAAGAUAUAAGAGUAUUUCAAGAUAUUAUUAAAAAUUCAAAAACAUCUAAAAGUUUGAGUAACAUAAUUUUUAAACGUCCAUAUGAUUCAUAUUUGAAAACAUUAGAAUACAAAAAAGCAUACAAUAAAUUAAAAAAAGAAAAAAAUACUGAAGAUGCCAGUAACAAUCAGAUGGAGAUAAAAAAAACUGUACCAAUGGAUUGUCCAGAUAAAAUAAUGUUCAACAUCUCUAAGAUAAAACCAGUAAAAGAAGUAAAAAAAGAGUCUAUUGAUCUUACUAUUGUAAAAGAAGAAACUCCUAAACCAGACAUAUCUACUAAAGUUGUUAAAUCUUUAGAUACUCCUAACAUUGCUGAAGUUUCUAGUAAAAAACCAAAUUUUACUCCUCAUAACUACAGUAAUACUAAUUUUUCAAAAUUUCAUAAUCAAUCAAAAGAUGUUUUGUUUAUUGCUAAAAGACUUCAACAAAAUAAAAACAAAUCUAAAAAGAAAAAUAAGCCGAAACGGUUACAAAAAACUGUUUGAAUUACCUUUAUUACAAUAAACAUUUUUAUUUGACUAAUA